AUACCUGUCGCCUUCCGUGUGAGAUGCAGCCAAUCAGCAUGGAGGGCCGUGAGACCUCAAGAGGCCUCGCAAAAGCCUAGCAAAACAGGAACCCGGCUGUCUACCGAGCUCGGGCUCCUCUUCCCGUGGCUUGGCGCUGAACCCUCCUCCCGGAUUCCCUCCUCUCUAGUCCUCAUCCGGGAAUCUCACCAGGACCGCCCUCCCCGUGGACUUCCGUCGCCGGAAGUGACGCAAGCGCCAGCCCUCGGGCAGAGGAGAGUGGCCCCGGAAAGGCUGGCGCGCCUCAGUGAGGAGAGUCUCCGUGACGGGACGGUCCCUAAGGUCCGCCUCUCCGCCUGUGAUGGUCAUUGUCCCACUGAACAGGGAUGGAGGACAUAGCAUCCCAGGAAGCAGCAGAGUCAUCAAGGGUCCAGUUUCAGUCUUUGGAGAGCCAGUCUGAAUGUCUUUCCCCAGAGCUUCAGUUUCUGCAGGACAUGGAAAUGGAGCAGGGAUUCACUGGGGGAUUUCCAAUUUCCAAGCCUGAUGGGAUCUCGCACCAGGAACAAGAUCUACAGGUGUUUGAUCUGGAAACUAAGAAUAGAGAAGUCAUAAGAGAUGACUAUUCAGAUGGAGAGACCAGAGAAGAAAACAAGCUGUUGAUCCCUAAGCGGAAAAUUUCAGAAGAAGUACAUUCAUACAAAGUGAGAGUAGGGAAAUUCAAACAGGAUAUUACCCAAGUUCCUGAGACCAAAGAGGUGUAUAAGUCUGAGGACAGAUUAGAAAGGCUCCAGGAGAUCCUGAGAAAAUUUCUCUUUCUGGAAAGAGAGUUUAGACAAAUAACAAUCAGCAAGAAAACCUUCAACAGUGAGAAGAGCAGUGAACCUGAGAAAAGCUUCAGCCUAGACUCCACACUUGAUACAGAUCAGAGAGUGCUUAGAAUACAGACCACUGAUGACAGUAAGUACGACAUGAAUUUCAACCCGAACCCAGCUGUUGGUGAACAAGAACCCAUAAACCUAACACAGAACUUUCAGAGUAAUGACUAUAAAGGAAGCUUAAUGGACCUUUCCCACCUUAAUAAAUGGGAGAGCAUGUCUACCACUGACAGAUCCUAUAAAUGUGAUACAUGUGGGAAAGCCUUUCAUCAAGCCUCAGCUCUUACUAGACAUCAGAGAAUCCACACAAGAGAGAAACCUUACAAAUGUAAGGAAUGUGAGAAAUCGUUUAGUCAGAGCUCAAGUCUUAGUCGACAUAAAAGAAUACAUACUAGAGAGAAAUCCUACAAAUGUGAAGCAUCUGAAAGAUCCUGUGAUGUACCUGAUAAGUCUUGUAGCCAGAGCUCAGAUGUGCUUCAACAUAAGAAGGCUCAUGCCAAAGCCAAGUCUUACAAGUGUGGGAGCUGUGAAAGAGUCUUCAGUCGAAGUGUCCAUCUUACUCAGCACCAGAGAACUCACAAGGACAUGGCCUGUAAAUGUACUGUGUGUGGCAGUGACUUCUGCCAUACUUCACACCUAGUUGGACAUGAGAGGGCACAUCAUCUAGAGAAGUCCUAUGAGCAUGAGGAAUGUGGGCUGCCCUCUGCCACACAGCAAGGGGCUCGUUUCCAAGAAAAGCCCUACACGUGUACUGAAUGUGGGAAAGACUUCAGAUUGAAUUCCCAUCUUAUUCAGCAUCAGAGAAUUCACACAGAGAAACUGCAUGAAUGUAAUGAGUGUGGGAAAGCUUUCAGCCAAACCUCAUGCCUUAUUCAGCACCACAGAAUGCACAGGAAAGAGAAAUCAUAUGAAUACAAUGAUUAUGAGGGAAGUUUCAGUCACAAUCCUGAUCUUACGCUGCAACAGGAAGUCCCCAUUAGAGAGAGGGUCUUUGGUUGUGAUGCAUGGGAAGAGAACUUCAGUCAAAGAGCACAACUCAUCCAACACGAAAGGGUCUAUACCAAAGAGAAACCUUAUGAUUGCAGUGAAUUUGGGGAGACAUUUAGUCAAGUUCAGGCCUCAUUCAAUAUGUGAAAACUGAGGCCAGGAGGAGUCAUAUACGUACUGAAUGUCGUAACGUUUUCAGUCAAUAGCUCAGCAU